CUUUGCUAAACAACACUGGCAAAGUUAGAAAAACCAUGUGAGCAAAAAAAACAAAACACUAUUUUCAGAGUUUCAUCAGAUCUUCACCUGGAUCAGUUCUGACAGACACUGAAUAUUAAAUCUGUCUGUUCUCAUUAAACAUUAAACCCAGUGACAGGACGUGGAGCUAAUGAUAACUCCAAUAUUCAUAUAAAUGUAAUAGAGUAUUGUUGUAGUGGACACUGAGAAUCUGUGACUGCUGAUGUGAUGAGGCACUAAUCACCUGCCAUACACUGAUCCACUCACUGGACCUGGAUUCAAACGCCCCCAUGUUCCUCUAUUGUCUCUCUCUCUCUCUCUCUCUCUCUCCCUCUCUCUCUGUCUCUCACACACACACACACACACACACACACACCGUGCAGCAGCAGCAGACCUCCAGCAGGAAACAGAAAACGGAUCCGCGUUAUUUUCAGGGAGAAACGGGACCUGAACCGGGACUAACGGGACCAGAACCGGGAUUGAUACCGUAGCGGCUUUAACCCGGGACAACCAGGCAGGUGUGUCCGGUGUGUCUGUGGCGGGUCCGGUUCUGCAGCUGGAGCAGGAAACGUGACGGGAAUCAAAACGGAUCGAUGGUCUGAGGUCGAUCAGGAUGAUGAUGAACUCAGAGAAGAUGAAGAAGAAACCAACAAAGGACAGUUUGACCCUGCUGCCAUGUUUCUACUUCGUGGAGCUGCCUAUCGUGGCUUCUUCUAUGGUGUCUCUGUACUUCCUGGAGCUGACCGACGUGGUGCAGCCGGCUCAGGUCGGGUUCCGCUGCCAUGACCGGGAGCUCAGCAUGCCGUACGUGGACGGAGGAGACGAGCUCAUCCCCCUGCUGAUGCUGCUCAGCCUCGCCUUCGCCGGACCCGCCGCCUCGAUCAUGCUGGUGGAGGGUCUGAUCUACUGCCUGCAGUCCAGACUGAAGCUGCGCCGCGCCGAGGGCAGUAUCAACGCCGGAGGCUGCAACUUCAACUCCUUCCUGAGGAGGACGGUCCGCUUCGUAGGUGUGCAUGUGUUUGGUCUGUGUGCGACCGCCCUGGUCACUGACAUCAUCCAGCUGUCAACAGGUUACCACGCUCCGUUCUUCCUCACCGUCUGUAAACCAAACUACACUCAGGUCGGAGUGUCCUGUGAUAAAAACCCGUACAUCACCAAAGACAUCUGCUCCGGACACGACCAGCACGCCAUCAUGGCCGCCAGGAAGACGUUUCCCUCCCAGCAUGCCACUCUCUCUGCCUUCGCUGCUGUUUAUGUCUCUAUGUAUUUUAACUCCACCAUCUCAGACAGCACCAAGCUGCUGAAGCCCGUGUUGGUGUUUGCAUUCGCCAUUGCGGCGGCAUUGACGGGUCUGACACAGAUCACUCAGCACCGCAGCCAUCCCAUUGACGUCUACGUGGGCUUCCUGAUCGGAGCCUUCAUCGCCGCCUACCUGGCGUUUCACGCCGUGGCCAACUUCAAGUCCUCUGAUGACAUCACUCCUCCUCCGCCUCCCCCGCCUCCAAAAGAAGACCCUCUUCGGGCGCUGACAGACCGAGGACACAACUCGGUCUAUAACAAGGGCCCCGCCUCCGCCUCAGAGAGUAACGAUGAGAUAGCGGCAGCUCCGGCCCCCAUGGACCGGCUGGAGGGGCUAGGGCCCCUGCAGAGGGAGAAGGGCUCCAUGGGGAGCCUGAAGAGGGCCAGCGUGGACGUGGAGCUGCUGGCUCCUCGCAGCCCCAUGGGAAAGGAGACCAUGCUGACCUUCAGUAACACGCUGCCGAGGGCUAGCAUGAACGUUAACGGGGUGCUGGGGGCCAACGAGGGACCAGAGGACCCGGUUCAGUCUGUUCAGCCUGUCCAACCAGUGCAACCGGUGCAGCGGCGCCUGAAGGCCGUGCAGGUUCCCAUGGACCCGAUGCGGUCGCAGCAGCUCGUGUCAGAGUGGAAGCAGAAGUCGAUGGAGAUGAGAGGCCUGAGUGUCCGGGACGAGGUGGAGCGCGAAGCCAGCGAGGAUGAUUCUGAGGUGGGCUCUUUGGGGACCGAUGACGGGGGGUCUCAGGCCCAUAUCUACCAACCCGCAGUGCAGUCUGGGAGGGCAGCCUCCAGUCACAACCCUACUCCACCUUCAGGGGGCGCCAAAGCUGUGGCAACUCCCCGACCGCCACAGAUCCCUGAGGCAGGACCCCCACCAGUGUCCCCAAAGAGCGCCCUGACCCGGGCCAAGUGGCUUGCUAUCCGAGAGAAGACAAGCGGGGAGGGUUCGGCCCGUGGUGCCACCAAUCAGCCGCGACUCAUGCAGGUCAUCGCCAUGUCAAAGCAGCAGGGCCUCCUCCCGUCCUCCUCCUCUGGGGAGAAGUCCUCCGAGACCACCUCCACCUGCUCUGGGACCUCCUCCACAGCUGACUCACCACACUACCGCCCACCCUCCGAGCAGCAGCGGGAAGGGUCGGGUAUCAUCACGGUGGACGCCCAUGCCCCCCACCAUCCUGUUGUCCAAGCCAUGCCCCCCCCACAGGCCCCAUCCCUCUCAGGUAAUGGUAACCCCUGGGAGUGGGCAGGGGCCUCCAACGGGGGUGACCCACGAGACACCUACGACCUCAACAGCCUGAACCGAGGAGACUCGUCCGCCCGCGGCAGCAGCUUCCGGCCACAUCGGUCUGCCUCGCCCUGCGCCACCAUUGACCCCGACCUGGCCCCACCCCCACCCCACCCCCAGGUGGAGAUGUCGGCGGACACUAAGCGGAGGGAGCUAGCCAUGAGACGCAAGACAGCACUAGUUCUGUUGGAUCGAGAGAUUCGUAACCAGACUGAACAGGAGAACUAUUAUAAGAGUUUGCAGGGACGAAGAUUCAAGGAUUAGUCUCUUUUAAAAUAAAAGCCUUAUUUUAAAACUGGUCACUAACAGCACAGUUCCUGGACAGCAGUGAGGACCAUGUUGCUAUGCAUUUCUUGGGCUAAAUGUGAUGGAAGGAAGGAGCUGCAAGAAAUGAAAGUUUCCAUCCAGCAGGGUCAGGCCUGAUGCUCGGUGGCUCAACACUCCAGACAGUUCUCUUUCCAUAUUAAAGAGCUGCAAACAAAUUCUGGUUAUUAUCACAGGAAUGUGUGUUUUUCAGUCAGGAUUUAGAGACGUCAAGGAACAGCACUGGUGAAAGUUACCAACAAUCUUCUUCUCAAACAAUGGACUCAUCGAUCUUAAUGCUGCACCGGACUCUGACCAUAAGAUUUUAUUCCAGAUACUGGAACAGACCAGGCUCUGGAAUAAAAUCCAUAGAUGAAGCAGCCAUCUGUCGACAGAACCAAACCACCAUCCCUCCGACUGAGGGUGGAGCUGGGGGGAGGUUUGGUGUGAACACAGAAGUAGCAAUAAUAACGUUGUCCACAACUUCUGAUUAAGUGACCAAAAGGAAGCACGUAGAUGAUAAAAAUACUCGGCUUUGAUGUAACCCCUCAUCAACAGCUUCAGGGUAUUGACCAACAGGUACCUCAGGUGCCAACUAUGACCUGUUCUGUUGGUGCAGGUGGUGCAGUGGAGGGGAGGAUUCAAUCAGGACAAAAUGCCAACGAACACGAAACUCUGAUGGGUAACUGCUUCCUGUCCUCUGACUAUUAAAAUAAAUCCACACAGUCCAGCAGAGAGUUUAUCUGACUGAUGGAGAGACAACUGUCCACAGUGUUGAGCCUCUGAACAGGAAGCUGGAGAGUUUCCAUGGCAACUCAUUCUGUGAAUAAUCUGAAGUCAAAGAGCACAGAGACGAUUUUAAAGACUCAUUCUGGAAGCACAAACAUGCAACAAACCCGAAACCUACAGUGAAGCUCCCAUGAUAAGAUUCUCCUGUUGUUUCCUCUGCGUUCACAUCGACCAUGACAGGUUCAGGAGCUGCGUUCAGACGGCGUGGAGAGCAAAGAUAGUGAGGAGGGCUUGCAGGGUGAGGAGAGUGAGGAGGGCGUGGAGGGUAAGGAGAGUGAGGAAGGCGUGGAGGGUGAGGAGGGUGAGGAGAGUGAGGAGGGCGUGGAGGGUGAGGAGGGGGAGGUGAGG